AUGGCUCAGAAACCCCGGCAACUGUUCUGGGAUGUGGUGGUGCUGGAGUGUGUCCUGCAGAAAGGCCUAGUAUACAACAAAGUCAACCCCAUCUUCCACCACUGGAGGAUCAACGACAAGAAGUUCGGACUGACUUUCCAGAGCCCUGCUGACGCCCGUGCCUUUGACCGGGGCAUACGUCGGGCCAUUGAGGACAUCAACCAAGGUUGUCGGCCGUUUGGGGAAGGCGAUAUUCCUGAGGACGGACUACCGGUGUGUGAUGAGCCUCCCUCGAUCUGUACCCCAAUGAAAGAGUCCUUCUCUCAGCUGAACAACAUCGUCUCCACCGAGCCGUUCAGGGGCUGCUACGUCCGCGCCCAACCCUUCGACGAGUUCCCUUCCAGCAACCGCCGCUACCUGCCUCCACAGGUCUCCUUUAAGUCGACUCGUCAUGUCAGUUUUCACAUGGAGGAAGACGAGAUCGUUCGCAUCAACCCUCGCAAAGACCUGCUCAUCCACGGCUAUGGGGACUACCGCCACCCUAUCAUGUGGAAACAGGAGGCCGACCGCGAGGACCUGGACUUCCCCAACGCCUUCCACAAACUGGACAGUAAGAAGUGCGAGUACCUCUUCCCCGACGGCCCCUGUGGGAACUCCCACUCUGGCCCCGGCAUGGGCAUUGGAACAGGUAUGGGGCUGGGUCUGGGCAAGGACACGGCCAUCAAGACUCAGCCCUCGCCCCUGCACAAGAAGGGCCGGCGGCGGCGAGAGGACGGCGAGCGCUCGCGCUGCAUCUACUGUCGGGAGAUGUUCAACCAUGAAGACAACUGGCGGGGGCAGUGCCAAGACGCCCCCGACCCGAUCAAGCAGUGCAUCUACAAAGUCAGCUGCAUGCUGUGCGCCGAGAGCAUGCUGUACCACUGCAUGUCCGACUCCGAGGGCGACUUCUCGGACCCCUGCUCGUGCGACACGUCCGACGAGCAGUUCUGCCUGCGCUGGCUGGCCCUGGUGGCGCUGUCCUUCAUCGCGCCCUGCAUGUGCUGCUACCUGCCUCUGCGCGCCUGCCACCACUGUGGCGAGGCCUGCCGCUGCUGCGGGGGCAAGCACAAGGCCGCGGGGUGACCUGACGACGGACUCUGGGACACCCUCAAAGCUUAGCUAACACAGGAAGUGGAUAAAAGCGGAAAAUUAAAAGCCGGCAUCCUUUUUUCAUUCCCCUCUCAGACGGGGUGAUAUGUUGUUGAUCCCCAGCUCUGAGGGCUUUUGGAGAUUUCAGUUUGUGUUUGUCGCCGACAAGCAGCAGUGGAGGGACAAACCAUAUGCUUUGUGGGAGCUCUGAGCAUCAAGCUACGUUCAGGAGCUUAAUCUGAGGAGAUUAAGAGGAGGCAGCGUCAAGAUUAAUAGACUUGGAGAUGUUACUAAACACACCUGUGUAUACACACACACACACACACACACCCCUCUCUCUCACAUUCACACUCAUGCAUUGACAAAGCCAGGCCACAAAUGUCAGAACUCUACUGCGAAAAACGUGUAACUUUAUGAAGGAAAUUUGUCUUUUGUACAGAGAGCGACAACUUAAUGACAAAAAAAGAAAACAAAACUAUUCUGCGUUCAGAAAAAAUACUUGCUGUUUGAGUAUGCUAAAAGGGAUAUGUUCUUGCUUUUUUGUGAAUUUACAGUUGGGUAACAGUGGCCUUUCCUUCACGGCUUAAGCAUUUGAUGACAAUGUAAUUACUAGACAGAGAAAAGUGCACUAGAAAUGGUAUCCCCCAACCCCGAGUAAAGGUAGCCCUCUAAAGUUCUUGCGGUAAAUUAACAACCAUUUUAACAUUUGAGAGAUGAUUCUGUGGCGGGUGAAUGGCCAAUUCCUUGUUUUCCUUUCCAUGGAAUGCUGAAAAAAGAAUCAAAAGGUAACAGCUUGUUUUUGGAGGUACUGCUCGGCAUAUCUUUUGACAUUCAUUAAGAUGUCAAAAUGAUGACCUUGCUUUUCCCGAGGUGAUUUGGACCAUUUGAUUGCAUUCCAAGCUAAAGGGAUCGAUUCCACGAUUAGAAGGGAAACAAUGGUAAUGACGUUACCAUGCCGAGUUCCCCAAAAUAGUUUUUUUUUUUUUUUUUUCCCACAUCAUGAAAAUAGCAUUAGAACCUCUUGAACCAUUUAAAUUGAAACUGAUACAUGACAAUUUCAUUCACUCCAGUGGAUUUCAGUUUUAGUCCAGUUAUUUACUGCUGUAGUGAAAUUGAUGUUUUUUGUUUCUUAUUUGUUGUUUUCCUGCUCAUUUUUAUAAUUAUUUGUGGAACAAAAGCUGAAAUGUUGCUCAACCAGCAAGUUUUGUUUCGGUGAGUAAAAAGGGGUUUCAGUGCUCCUGGGUUAAAUGAUGAGGCACUUAAAUUAGGUCAUUCUUUUUACCGAGAAUCCUUCAGAUUUUAAAAUGAGUCUGUACAUAAAUUAUUCUAAUGUUAUCAUUCAAUUUGGUAUUGGGGGGGGGGGGGAAACCCCUCCUGAAAGUACUGCUCUCCAAGCUUUGGUUGCAGCACCCUCUCCACAUUUCCAUGUUUGUCCCGUGAAUCCGUUUCUUUCUUUAUGUUUUGUUUAAUUUUGCCCUCAUAUCCUGUUUAAAUGUAGUAUUUCUUUGUCUCUCAAAAGUCCACCGCUUCCGUGAGUCUUUAUUUAACAGGCCCUGAAUGAAUGACAUUGUUUCAGGAAUGCUGAGCAUCUUAGCUAUUAAAAAAGAACAUACAGGUGUUAUGUAUGUGGAUGUGUGUGUGUAUGAGUGAGUGUGUGUGUGUGUGUGUGUGCGUGCAUAGGUCUUCAUAUGCACUGUUGAUCCAGUGUCAUGUAACGUCCCCACUGACUGUGAUUAAGGCUUUCACUUGUAACAGCGUCUCGUUUCCCCGCGAAGCAUCAAAUCAAACUGGGAAUUCACUUAUUUGCUUUCUUGCCGAAGGUUAGAUUGGAAGAUCGGUUACACCGACGUGUCCGUCUGUAACGCUGAAGCUAGCAGCCACUUAGCUUAGCAUAAACACUUGAAAGGGCGGCUAGCCUGGCUCUGUCCAAAUGUAACUACUCUGCCUACCAGCACCUGUAACGUUCACUGAUUAACAUGUUACAUCUCAUUUGUGAAGUAAAAUGACAAUUUGUGGUUUUAAGGGGGGGGGGGGGUCAUGUGUGGGACUAUUUCCCUGUUUCCAGUCUUUAUGCUAAGCUAAGCAGCUGCUGGCUCUAGUUCCAUAUUUAUCAGCUAGAUAUGAGAUUGAUAUCAAUCUUCUUCUCAGUUAACUCUCAACAAGAGACCAAAUAAGCAUAAUUGCCGAACGUCAAACUACUCUUCAGAUCUUUUGGGGUAACAGGGACACUAGUUGUGUUUGAAUAUUCCCUCCAACACGAGUAGAACAAUUUAAAAUGUAACGUCUUUCUCCCUAAAACCAUUGUUGACUUUAAACUAGUCUGAACAACAACUAACUCCCAACAGUGACACCAGUUCAGUUUGGACGUCUAGCUGCAAUAACCGACGAAAUGAUCCCAAACGAAGGCAUUGGCAUGUUUUGAAAUUGUGAUUCACCGUAACAGAUAUGCAUCUCCUCUCACCUCCCGUCACUCCUGAUUUAAAAAAAAUAAUGCAGUGGCACCUCGGUCACGACAAGACUGGAUUACA